GGAAGUCUCUCCUUAGCUGAACUCUACAAAACUACGAGAUGCUUUCCACUUUCACACAAUAAGUGUGUGAGUAGGUCAACCAUUAGGACAGCCUUGCUGUGACAGAAACUAAAAUCAGUCUAAUGCUUUAAUCACUGGCCAACACACAGAUAGACAUCACUGUCAAUUUCUUCUUCUUCAAGCUUUUCAAGUCGCCGGGUAGAGACAGCCGAGUCAUGGCUGGGGACGAGUCGGACCAGCGGGCUCUGCAGUAUGAACAAACUCUGAAAUAUGGGCGCUACAGCGAGGAGUUCGGGGGGUUCACCAAAGAGGAGGCUGCUCGGCUGAGGGAGAGUGGGCAGAGACGAUCUGUCAGCCAGACCCUCGAACCGCUGGAGUACAACAAGGGACGCUGUGUCAAGUGUCGCUUCUGCACGGUUCGCUGUCUGAAGGUCCUGAUCUCAUGGAUCGGAGAGGACUGGGUCUGUCUCAUCCUGCUGGGAGUCCUCAUGUCCCUGGUCAGCUGGGGGAUGGACAUAGGCAUCAACUGCUGUCUAUUUGGACUAAUGUGGAUACACAACAGUCUGCACAGUAUCGUGUUUCUGCAGUAUCUGGCCUGGGUCAUCUACCCCAUAAUCCUUAUCUGCUUCUCUGCCGGGUUUGUCCAGAUUCUCGCCCCCCCAGCUUCUGGUUCAGGUAUUCCAGAGAUGAAGACCAUCUUGCGAGGAGCUGCGAUGAAGGAAUACCUCAGCUUUAAAGCGUUCAUAGCAAAACUUAUUGGCCUCACUGCUGCUCUGGGCAGCGGCAUGCCUCUGGGCAAGGAGGGUCCGUUCGUACACCUCGGCGGUUUGUGCGCUGCUGCCCUCAUGAGGUUCAUGUCUCUGUUUGGAGAAAUCUAUAAAAAUGAGUCAAGAUACACUGAGAUGCUGGCAGCAGCCUGUGCUGUGGGAGUGGGCAGCUGUUUUGCUGCCCCCAUAGGAGGUUUGUUGUUCAGUAUUGAAAUAACAUCCCAGUUCUUUUCGGUGAGAAGCUAUUGGAGAGGUUUCUUUUCUGCUACCAUUGGUGCCGUAAUGUUCAGAAUACUGGCUGUGUGGAACACUAACGCAGAGACCAUCACAGCCCUUUUGAGAACUAGUUUCCGGCUAGACUUUCCGUUUGCCCUCCAGGAGCUUCCUGCUUUUGCUGCCCUAGGGAUUGCCUGUGGUUUUGGUGGGGCUUUGUUUGUCUACCUGAAUGCAGUGAUUUCCCGGUUUGUCAAGAAACAGAAGGCCAACAAUGGAUUCCUUAUGAGAAAACAUCUGCUGUAUCCAGCGCUGGUGACAUUACUUAUUUCUACACUAACAUUUCCCCAAGGAUUUGGACAGUUUAUGGCUGGCAAGCUGAACAUGAUGGAGUCUAUGGAAGCAUUACUGGACAACCAGACCUGGUCUAAACACGGCAUCGAUGAGGAGUUGGAACACAUGGGACACUCUGAAGCCUGGAUGCACCCGCAAGUCAACGUCUUCGUCACCUUGAGCGUCUUUACUUUCAUGAAGUUCUGGAUGUCUGCCCUGGCCAUCACCAUGCCAGUGCCCUACGGAUCCUUCAUGCCAGUAUUUGUCAUUGGGGCAGGUUUUGGUCGUCUGGUUGGAGAAGGCAUGGCAGCCUGGUUCCCAGAUGGUUUUCACACAAAUGGCACCAUGUACCCCAUAAUGCCAGGAGGCUAUGCUGCCGUGGGUGCGGCGGCCUUGUCGGGAGCGGUCAGCCACUCGUUUUCCACCGCAGUCAUUGUGUUUGAGAUGACUGGCCAGCUCACCCACGUCCUGCCGAUUAUUAUAGCAGUGAUCCUGGCCAACAUGGUGGGGCAGGCCCUCUCGCCCUCCCUCUAUGACUCACUCAUCAAGAUCAAGAAGCUGCCCUUUUUUCCAGAGCUGGGCUGGGGACAAAACGAAAAGUAUAGUAUUCACGUCGAGGACUUUAUGGAGCGGGACGUGCAGUACGUCACACUCAACUGCAGCUACAGAGACCUGCAUAAUGUCCUACUGACGGGUGACCACAACACUGUGGCACUAGUGGAAUCAGCUGAGUCCAUGAUCCUGUUGGGCUCCAUCGAGCGAGCCCAGCUCCAGGAGCUGCUCUCCCUGCAGUUCGGCCCCCCCGGACAUUUAGAGAACAUCAGCGAACAAGCCAUCAAGGAUGAGAACAAGCCAGUCAGUCAGGAGGUCCGCUUCCAGAUCUCUACUGAGGACUCAUCCUUAAGCCCUACUCGUCCAGUCCCUCAGAAGCCUCUCAAACCUGCACUGAAGAGACCCUCUUUGGAGGAGCAACCCACUGGUCCACAUGAUCAUUCGGGCAAUGUUUUCAAGAACCUGUACAGCGCCAGUCCAGACUCAGACGCCCCGGAGAUUACAGAGUGGGAGGAGAAGCAGCUUGAUAAGCAGGUCAAUUUCAACAAUUGCAACAUUGACGACUCCACAAUCCAGCUGGUGGAGCACAUGUCCCUGCAUAAGACCCACACCAUCUUCUCCGUGCUGGACCUCGACCACGCCUUUGUCACCAGCGUCGGACGCCUCGUGGGGGUGGUUUCCGUCAAAGACCUUCACAAGACCUUCAAGGGCACUGUGAAAGAGAAGGGUGCAAAGGUGCUUCCUGCUCUGGCCAGCUUCCGGGACAAGGGCAAAAGCAGCAGCAAGAACAACACCACCGAGGUCCAAAAGCUGUGGGAUCGUCUCAGAAGCAUGCAGCCGCCACACGAGCACACCCACUCCGAGUGAGGGAAAGUAGAGGGGGAGGAGGAGGAGGCAAUGAGAUGGUUAAUCUCACAAAGCCACAAAAAUGCAAAAAAAUCCUCAGGGCUUGGGAUCAAUAUUUAAUGAUGGAAAAAGUAUUUUUGCUACUUUCUCUUCACCAUCUACUUUGCUUCAUGGGACUCAUGCUUGGAUCUGCAAAAAGCAUCUGUUGAAGAAGUCUUCCAUUUAAGAAGAUAAAUCCAGCAAUGAUGACAAGGAAGAAUAAUGUGAGUGUGUACUUUACUUUAAGUGUGAGUGUAUGAAAUAAGGUAAUGUGAGUAUGCAUUAAGAGGGAGGUAGCAAAACACUAUUUCACUUAGAAUUCGUUUAAUACUUUGGAUAAUAUCAUUUCUGAAUGAUCAGGUGGUCUGGGUUUAACUGGAAUUUGCCAUGGAACUAUUUUUUGUAAAUUACUCUACAGUUUGUCCCAAUGACAAUUACUAGACUAAGGGGACUGGUGCUUUAGUCUGCGUUUUUUUUUCCUUGUUUCCUUUUUACCUCUUUUCCUUUGUCUUCUCAUCUCUUCACUGUGAGUCUUAAUGGUCAGACUGUCUAUGCAAGCAGACAUGCCUGUUGGCAGUGGCAGAAGCGCCUGUAGCCCAUUCCAUAAUGAACACUCCUUUCCUACUGUGGUUAGGGCAUUACAAAGACACAUAGAAACCCA